AUGCCCCAGAACGAGUACAUCGAAGAGUCCAUUCGCCGCAAUGGUCGCCGUCUCGACCACGAGGAGCGUAAGCGUAAGCGCGCAGCGCGUGAGGCGCACAAGGCGUCGCACGUCGCGCAGACGCUCCACGGACACAAGGCCAAGAUGCUCCACCAGCGCCGCUACGCCGAGAAGGUUGCGAUGAAGAAGACGAUCAAGGCGCACGAGGAGCGUGAUGUCAAGGCCAAGGACGCGUCGGCCAUGCCCGAGGGCGCCCUCCCGACCUACCUCCUCGACCGUGAGGGCCAGAACGACGCGAAGGCGCUUUCGUCGGCGGUCAAGCAGAAGCGCAAGGAGAAGGCGGGCAAGUUUGCCGUGCCUUUGCCCAAGGUCAGGGGUAUCGCGGAGGACGAGAUGUUCAAGGUCAUCAAGACGGGCAAGUCGAAGCGGAAAGGGUGGAAGCGCAUGGUUACCAAGGCGACGUUUGUUGGCGAGGACUUUACCCGGAAACCGCCCAAACUCGAGCGAUUCAUCCGUCCGUCGGCGCUGCGAAUGAAGAAGGCGAACGUGACACAUCCCGAGUUGAAGGCGACGUUCCAGCUGCCCAUCAUUGGCGUCAAGAAGAACCCGCAGUCGCCGAUGUACACACAACUUGGUGUCAUUACCAAGGGUACCGUUAUCGAGGUCAACGUUUCGGAACUUGGUCUCGUCACUGCUGGCGGCAAAGUUGUUUGGGGAAAGUACGCGCAGGUUACGAACAAUCCUGAACUUGACGGGUGCUGCAACGCACUCCUUCUUACGUGA